UUUUUUGUUAUACUGAAAAGAGAUACUAUUGUUGUUUUUUAUUCGAUCUGCUGAGAUUUAUGUGUUUCUAAUUUUUCUUUUUAUUUUUUUGUUCGAUUUUAACGUGUUAUGGUACCUGAGAUUUGAUUCUGUUCUUAAUUAUUUUUCUGGAGAUGCUAAAGUAUAGAAGGUCAGAUUUGGUUUUACGAUUUGCUGAGAAAAUAAGGAAUCAAUAGCUCGGAUUAGGUCUUGUAAUUUUGAGGCCAAGAGUCGGAGUUUCUGAAAAAAUGUAACGUUUUUCAAGUAAUGGUGUGAUUUUUUUGUUUCCAUCUGGGUGUGCGGAGGGUGAAUCUGAUCUGUUUUGGUCACUAGAAAAUGUUGGAGAAAAAGCUAAAAACUUCUGAGCCAUUUAUUUAUGUGGCUUCGGUGUAAUAGCUCAUAGCUUCAAUAAAUAGGAAAAAUGAACAGCUAAAGCCUUAGAUGAUAGAGACUCAAACUAAGUCACUUGCAUGUGUCACGAGACUCAUGAACCACCCCUAUUAAGUUAUGUGUGACAAGAAAUUAUUGCCAUUGUAAUCACAAAGAACCUGCAGUAAUCAAUAAUUCCUCAGUCAGUGCAGAAGAUGGUUUCUAUGAUCUGAAUUCAAUGCUUCAAUACUGUGUGACAAGAAAUCUAUGGUAAAAACUGCAAUGUGGUAUCUAAGUAUCUAAAACUGGUAAGCAGAUAUUAACCUUGGUAUUAACUAACGAUCAAUAAAAGAUUGGCUUACUGAGAAGUGGGAAGAUCAUCAUAACUGGCUUGAAAUUGGAAGAACUGAGUGAAGGGAAGGGUCUGAUCGCUAGUUCCCAUUGUGGCAGUGGCAGGUAGAGCUGCUAUUACAGCACCUAGCCUCAAAACGAAGUCAAAUAUAACAAGCCCAUUGUAUUCAACGUUUUCAUGGGUAUAAGCUCCUUUUAGAGGUGCUGUUCCUUUAGCAACAGCUUUUGUUUCAGUAGGAAUAUCAACUUUAGAUGACAUUUUAUAGCUUAAAGGACAGAGAGAAGAAAGAUUUCAAAAAGCUUGUAUGGAAUAAAAUGAGUUGUAGAGCCUUAUAUGGAGAACUAGAGGAGUAGGUUAAAUCGAGUUUGUACCAAGGAUUGUAAUUUUAAAACAUUAUUUUAUUUACAUGAAUAAGGGAGUUGUUGCUAACCAUUUCCAUUUCAUUUAAAGCUUGCUUUUUUAUCACUUUUGAUAAAAGUCAAGAAGAAAGUUGUGAGAAGCAGAGGAACAUAAAUUAGUUGGUCUCCAGCUCAAGGCAGCAAGUCACUUGUAAUAAUAAAUAGAUGAUUUCAGGUUUUGGGAUGUUUGUUUUUAAGCUUGGCAUGGAUUGAUAUUGUGAUAUUAAGAAUUUUUUUUCCUUUGUUGGAAUGAAUGUAUGAUAUAUAUUUGCAUCAUUGCAUUGUAUGAUAUAUACUCAAGACCCGAUGGGGUUCGGUUUGAGUUUCUAAAAUCCAUGUCUGUUAGGUUUUGGAUCGGGUAUGAAUAGUAUUUUCAGUUUCAAAUAUGGAUAGUACCAAAACCUGACCUGUGGGUAUUCAUUGUCAUCCCUAACCACCUACAAUGCCAACCUCACUGGACCCAAAGCUUCAACACCACCACCACCUUAACCACCAUCAAUGAAGAAUGAAAGCAUCGUUUGCUCACCCUUACAUGGUUUCUUAUCUCUUCAAUGCCCUCUCUCCCUCCUCCACCAAAACUCUCUAGUCUCUCAAAACUAAACCCAAAUCCCACUAAACAGCACAUUACCAAAAACCUUACUUGCAGAACCCAACCCAUCAUCAACAUCUCCAAUCAAUCCCAGCUCACACAAGCAGUCUCUUCUCAUCAGCUUUUAUCACGCGAAGGCAUUCACUUACCUUGUCAGACACUAGCUUACCUUAUACAACAAAGCGCAUAUUUGAAGUCUCUUAAAUUAGGCAAAGGUUUCAUAUUCAUCUGCAAUUAAAUGGAUUAAAAAGACCUGGUUCUUUUUUACCCAAAUGGGUUCAAAUUUCAAUAAUUUCAUUCAUAUGUACGAACACUGUGGUGACCAUGUUAGUGCUUAUAAAGUGUUUGGUAUAAUGUCCGAGAGAAAUUUGUACUCUUGGAAUAAUAUGCUUUAAUAAUUGACCGUUAGUUCAGGGUAAAACAGUCCUUUGAACUCUGAAACACUUUAAAAGUAGCCGAGCUUUCUCAAUUUGAUGAGCACCGAGAAAGAAAAACCUAAGGUUUCCUUGGCCGCAACCAUUCCUCUCUUUUUCUUCCCAGCAGUUCUUCUGGUGAAUUUUCUGGGAAAUUCUUCUUUUUGAUAAAUUUUUAAAGGAUACUUAAAAAAAUGGGGCCAAGAUGGAAAGGAAAAGGAGCAGAAGCUAAAGCACUAGCAGAUCCCAUGUCAGAAAUAGUCUCACAGCUUCAAUCUUCUCUUCUUCAGUCAAAUGCAUGUGCAUCACUCUCAGGUUGUAGUGUGCUUCUUGCAGUGGAAACAGAACAGACUGAGCUUCUCACACGGGCAUGUUUCGGUAAACCCAUUAUCACAGCUGAGAAAGAAAAGCAAUGGUUUCAGUUGGGUUUGGAGGAAGCAUUUUAUUUGUGUUAUUCUUUAAAAUGUUUAAAGAUUGCUGGUGAAGAUAAUUUUGUUAAAAAUGAUUUAGAUUUGUGGUUGUAUAUGAAAUUGAAAAAGGAAAAAUUCCCGGAUUUUUAUAAGGCGUAUUCUCAUCUUCGUAUGAAAAAUUGGGUUCUCAGGCCAGGAUUACAGUAUGGCGUGGAUUUUGUUGCUUACCAGCAUCAUCCAUCUUUGGUACAUUCAGAAUAUGCUGUGAUUGUUUUAUCAGAAGGGGAUACUGGGAGAUUGAGGGUGUGGUCUGAUUUCCACUGCACUAUUAGACUUUGUGGAAGUGUUGCAAAAACGUUGUUAAUUCUGAAUGUUGACAAAAAUGGCCACGGUGCUAUCUCUCCAUCUUGUUUGGAGAGAUACUCUGUUGAGGAGUGCACAAUCACGAGAUGGAGUCCAGAACAAAGCCGUGAUGAUAAGAAAGCCUCAUAAAAUGGAGCGAAGUAAGAUGUGCUUUCAAAUAUCUGGUUUGCUUUUGUCAUUCUGUGCAUAAACUGAGUAUGAAUGUUCCAAGUAUUCUGGAUAACUGUUUUUAUAAUGCUUGUGACUGCUGGUGUAAGAAAUCCAUGUUCGUCUGUUUUUCA